CCUCGCCCACUCGUGACGUUUUACGUUCUGCAACAACUCUCUUCCGGAUACCCUCACAUCUUUCUUCAGCUAUGAAAUAUCAGGUGUCACAUAUACAGAUAGCUAGCUAGCUAUGAAUAACAGUAUGGCAUAUUGAUAUAAUCAAACAAGUUGUGUGCCUAAACAGUAUAGCCUUGCUUGCAUGUGUACAAUGUUACUCGUACAAUUGCGGAUUGAAUUAGUAGGCUAGGUAAACAUGAGGGCUGAAGUUGAUUUAAAGUUACGUUUGGAGUUUGACCUGACCACGAGAACUGAUAUGAUGGGAGGUGUACGUUGGGCGUUUCGCUGUGGUUCGUGGACACCGACCCGGUCUGAGUGGCUUUAUGCCGCCCGUUGUGUUCAGCGCGAGGAGAAGGAGCGGAUCGGACAGUUAGUGUUUGCCAAAGAUGCCAAAUCAGCUAUGGCGGGGAGGCUGCUGCUCAGGAGGGUGGUGUGUGAGAGGAUGGCUGUUCCCUGGUCCCAGAUUCGUCUGGAACGCUCUCGCAGAGGCAAGCCAUACCUGGCUGCUCCGGCCUGCUCUGGGCCUGAAGCCUGGGGCUGGAGUUUUAAUGUGUCCCACCAGGGAGACUACGCGGUGCUGGCUGCAGAGCAGGGGAGGCAAGUCGGGGUGGACGUGAUGAAGACCGCUAUGCCAGGCAGCAGUUCAAUCCCAGAGUUUUUUCGGAUCAUGAACAGACAGUUCACGGAGUUUGAGUGGAAUACGAUCCGAGGAUCCGGCCCGGAACACCAGCAGCUCGCCAUGUUCUACAGGCACUGGGCACUUAAGGAGAGCUUCAUCAAGGCGAUUGGCACGGGGCUUAGCUUCAACCUGCAGAGGGUGGAGUUUCACCUCUCUCCUGAUCCAAUCACAGUGGGCCAGGUACAUCACCUGACCAGGAUGCACCUGGACGGGGAAGAAGAGCAGGGGUGGGUGUUCGAGGAGAGCCUUCUGGAUCAGGAUCACCAUGUUGCUGUGGCUCUGGGACCCCCCCAUACAGACAGGCUGCCUCCACCAGACUCUCCUGCCCCUGCCUCCCCCUCUCCUGCCUCUGCUGCUCCAGACUCUCCUGCCCCUGCCUCCCCCUUUCCUGCCUCUGCUGCUCCAGCCUCUCCUGCCCCUGCCUCCCCCUCUCCUGUCUCUCCUGCCUCUCCUGCCCCUGCCUCCCCCUCUCCUGCCUCUCUUCCGCCAGUCUCUCCUGCCCCUGCCUCCCCCUCUCCUGCCUCUCCUGUCCCUGCCUCCCCCUCUCCUGCCUCCCCCUCUCCUGCCUCCCCCUCUCCUGCCUCCCCCUGUCCUGCCUCUCCUGCUCCAGCCUCUCCUGCCCCUGCCUCCCCCUCUCCUGCCUCUCUUCCGCCAGUCUCUCCUGCCCCUGCCUCCCCCUCUCCUACCCCUGCCUCUCCUACUCCAGCCUCUCCCCUCUCUCCUCCUCCCUCCUUCACGCUCCUGACCUUCAGUGACCUCAUCAGUCUGGCCACGCCCCUCUCCGAGGAGGAUACUGAAUACUGGGACAGCUUUCAAAGGAAGAAGGAAUCUCCGGAGAGACAGAAAGACACACACCUGUGACACACACACACCCGAUAGACACACACCUGUGACACACACACACACACACACCAGAGAGACAGAGACACAUGGUCUGUGAUGCCCACACACACCUUGAAUCAGGCUUCAGACACACACACACACACAAUAGUGGGAGACAAGCUGUACCACAUUUAGGUGGAUUACACAACCUUGAGAUGCAUGGGGGUCUAGGUGCUUCCAGACAGUCUAAGCUCAUCCGGCUUACCUACCUGUCCUGUGAAAAUCCAGUUAUUAGACAAUGGAAGAUCUCACAUCUCCCCUUUCGUUUUCUUUCUCUGUUUCUCUCCACUGAGAGAGGGGUGAAAGCGAUUAGGGGGGGUGGCGAAGUAAGGGGAUAAUUCACUUCUUUCAGGAUGGAAAGCGAUGGAUAGUCCAUUGUUCAAGGGCGUUUGGAUCCCACUCAACCAUCAUUUCUUAGAAGCACAUUGUUGCUCCCUCUCUCUCUUUCUCUGUCACUCUCGUUCUCCCCUUUCUCAGAGCGUGUCUUAAACAUGUCAUCUUCCACAUCCUAAAGUUUGCAUGAGCAAACUAGUAGUAGUUGUGUCUGUGUGUUUGUGUGUGUGUGUGUGUGUGGGGGGGGUUGGGCUGUGACCGUGUAUCUGUGUUCAGUCAGCCUCACUCAUCAGACAAUUU